GAUGUCAGGCGAUGCUGGCAUGGACGGGUUGGACGCGCUCAUGGCGGAGCUUUCGGCAAGCAAGGUGAAUUGCCGAUGAAGAGGAGAAACAAGAAUGAAGAAACAUGCAUACAACAAAGAAGAAAAUAUGGCAAAGAAGAAUUGAAAUGCAUUCAUGGGUACACUGGUUUGUGAAAUUACCACAUCUCAUGUUCAUUAUGUAUACUAGUUUGAAAUUUCCACAUUUCACCAAUGUUGCACAUACCGAUGUCGUGACAAGUGAUGUAAUGUCACAUCUUUUUCAAAACUCACGUCAUAACAUAUCGUCGGAUAUCAUAAGAUGCUUGAAACUCUUCUCAAACCCCCUCCUCGGACUCUUACUCCCGUUCCAUUGUUCACCUGCUCUCAAACCGUGUAGCUGCCCACAGAUUCUCCCAAGAGCUCUAGGACGCGCGACACUACUCCCAAGGGGGGUGGAGAGAAGACGGCGGUGGUGGACGGGUUCGAUGCCAACGGUCAGCUAGUGCUGGAGACGCCGGAGAUGUCGCCGCGAGCAGCGGAGUUUGUGAAGAGAUUGCGACGAUUUCAGAUGAGAGUAGCAGAUCCAGCAACACGACGAGAUCUGAACAGACGGCUGGCAAAGAAGAACUCGGAAGCAGAUGUCACCUUCCAGUACUACGAGCAGAGGCCUCAGCUUGCCAACUACACCAUCCAGUCGGAGAUCUCCCGCAUGGAGUACCAGGUGGUGCCUGAUGAGGGGGGGGACCCGAUGAGCGACGUCGAGAGCAUCCGG